AUGCACAAAUCUUUUAAUGAGGAAAUCGUAGAAGAUAUUUGCUUACAUUCUCAAAGAAAAUGUGAAACCGCAGGAUGUGCUAGAUUCGUGACAAAAGAACUAAGCUUACAAGGCGAGUAUAUAUUAUUUGAAAUAUACAGCGAUGAAUUGGAGAAUAGUGAAAUAUUGCUCAAAAGAUUACCAACGACGUUAUUGUUGUCAAUAACAAAUUAUGAAUACAAGCUCCAUGGCAUAGUGGCAAUGAAAUUGCCAGCAAUUACCACCCGCAGAAGUAAUGACGAAAUUAUAGGGCAUUACACUGCCAUAUGUUACAGGUAAGGAACCUGGCUAGAAUAUGAUGACACGGCCAAAUCAACUAAAAAAUUAAAUAACCAAAAAAAAUUCU